AUGGCAGAAGUAGCUAAACCAGUCUAUACCACGGCAUACAAACCUCACCCCAGCGAGAGGAUGAAAGCAGCCACUUGGACAGGCACAAAGUCCAUCACGCUGACCAGUGUGCCCAAACCAACCAUCACGGCGCCCGCGGAUGCCAUCGUGCACAUCACCCACUGCACAAUCUGCGGCUCUGAUCUCCACAUGUACAACGGCGAUAUGAACAAUGCCAUGGAAAAGGGCCUGAUCAUGGGUCACGAGGCCAUCGGCAUCGUCGAGGACGUUGGGUCUGACGUCAAGAAUCUCAGUGUAGGAGACAGAGUGAUUAUCCUUCCUGUUAUUGCAUGCGGGGACUGCUUCUACUGCCAGAGAAAGGAAUUCUCGCUCUGUGACAAAACUAACCCCUCCAAGGAGCUGGAGCAGAUGUACGGCCAUCGCUUGUCGGGCAUCUUUGGGUACUCUCUGAUCACCGGGGGUUAUCCAGGCGAUCAGGCUGAGUACUGUCGUGUGCCGAACGCCGACCUCACAUGCGUCAAGGCCCCCAAGGACAUAGAGGCCAGUAAGCUCGUUGGUCUCGCUGACGUGACUCCUACCGCCUGGCACGGCAACGAGCUGGCCGAGGUAGGCAAGGGAGAUGUCGUUGGCGUCUGGGGCUGCGGCGCCGUUGGUCUCUCGAUCCAGCGUCUGGCAAAGCUGCGAGGUGCCAGCAAGGUGUAUGCCAUUGACAAAGACGAGCACCGCCUGGAUAUCGCCAAGUCCAUGGGCAUGAUUCCCGUCAAUGUCAAGGAGCACUCUGAUACCGCUGACUACAUCUUGUCCAUUGAGCCGCAUGGGCUGGACCGCGGCAUUGAGGCAAGCGGGUUCAGGAGCACCAACUCAACUGCUCAUGCGACUAUGAGAGCUUUGGGAGUAGAGGGGGACAGCUCUGACACGGUGAGUGCGGCUAUCAAGGCGACACGUAAGGGAGGAAAUGUCGCGCUGAUCGGGGACUUUUUCUACAAUACCAACAACUUCCCCAUUGGAAUGCUCAUGGAAAAGGGCAUCACCCUGCGUGGAGGACAGCUCUACGCCCAAAAGUACUUCCCUCUUCUUCUGGACCUUGUCGUCGAAGGGAAAUACGACCCCUCUUUCAUGUUCACCCAUCACGAUAAGUUCGAGAACAUCUCAAAGAACUAUGAUGCCUUCUUUAGUCACAAAACGCCGGGCGGACUUAAGGUGUGUCUCUCAACUGCCUUUGGGCGAGAACAGGGCGCAGCUUGA